AUGAUUCGACGGCCUCCCACUGUCAUCGCGCUAAACGACGAGGAGCUCCAAUGCCACCUCCAGCGUGCCUUCUUACGUACGCUACCUGCUGACUUCAAUCAACUGCACUUGGAAGACCGAGGUCAGAGUGACGAUGGCCACGCCUUUGCCAGUUCCUUAUCAGAGGACAGCGGUGCCUCUUCCGACUCUAAUGGCGAAGUUGAUUUCACCACCAUGCCUGACUCCACCGGAGGUUCAUCCUGUAUUGGACAUGAUUCUUCUCCAGGCGGAAUGCGCUCUUUGACAGCUCGCAAUGCCUUUUUGGUUGCCGCAAUGACCGCAUCGCUCCACCAACCUCCUGAACCAAACAGGUCUCCCGCUACCAGGAACCAGAUAUCCACUCUUUUCCCGCAGUACCGAACAUGGCGGUCUCGCGAGUCGCUGGGUGCCAAAACGGCCUUGAAAACCCCCCAGCGUGAGCUGAAACUGUACAGUAUGGGGCCUCAGGAGAUGAAGAAGCCAGAAAAUUGUCGACACGCAGAGGCAGAAGCUUUAGGUUAUGAUGCACGGCAUUCCGCCUCCCAGGAAUUCCGCUUGUCGCCCGAUUCCUGUUCCGAAUUGACAAUCUCUAGUGUCCCACUUCGGGGCCUAAGUUUAGCGUCUACAGAGUCUUACGAGGCAGCCUUGGCCGACACGGCCUCGCCCAGCGUCGCGCUGGACGCCAUAUGGAAAUUCGGAACUGUCGAGCCUGAUUCGAUCUUUGAGGAAUCAGGCGCGGAUCGAGGUGCUGCAUAG